UAUUACUUUAAGCAUGGAGGAUUGAAAAAAAGCAAAAAGAGAAAAAAAGCUGCUUCUUUCAUACCACAAAUCACACUUCACAAAGACAUAAACUCUUUUGAUUUUGGAUUUGGAUGCUUCCUUCUAUUUUCCUUAGCAUCCAAACAUUCCCUUCUUCAUCCUCUGAACGCAUUUAGUUCAGAUUCUUCUUCGUCUUCUUCUUUACUGAGUUACCGAGUUCUGACUCGUUCAAUGCUCAACCACAAGACUUGUUCAACCUCGGCGACGUUCUGCAAGAUCUUAGCUUAAUCCUUCUUCGAUAACAUUACGGAGCGAUUCUUCACUUGUUUUCGGACUUCGAUCGUAGCUUCAUCUUACUCUUCUCUGAGGGAAGAUGUCUAGAACAUCCAGUGUCCCACCUGCCUUCCAAUCUAUCAAGUCAUUGCCUCCCGACUUCAAAGUUGCCAAUAAUCUGAAUGGUGGUUUUUCAAGCAAGAAUGGAGAUGUUAGAUUGAGAAGCGGUGAUCCAGUUCGAUCAAGUAGUCCUGCAAAUGGUGCACUAGUAGUGGAGGUUUCUAAGGAAGUUCACGACUGUGCUAGCAACAUGGAUGUUUUCGAUGAGGAUUCGCCUUAUAGUGGACAGGUUAGGUUGUUAGAAGAAGACAGGCCAUCAAAUGGGGAUGAAGACUCAGAAUCUGUUCCUUUGCCCCUCUCCUCAAAUUCUACAUCCUCUAGAGAAAGCAGGUGGUGUGAUACAACUCCUUAUGCUUCAAAGAAGAAGGUUCAGUGUUGGCUUCAACUUUCAAAUGGGAAUUGGGAGCUGGUGAAGAUAAUAACAUCUUCUGGAACUGAGUCUGUUGUUUCACUGCCUGAUGGGAAAGUUUUAAAGGUACACGAUGAAAGCUUAGUAUCAGCAAACCCUGAUAUUCUUGAUGGAGUGGAUGACCUCAUGCAACUUAGUUAUUUAAACGAACCUUCGGUUUUAUACAACUUACAAUAUAGAUACAACCAGAAUAUGAUCUAUACAAAAGCAGGGCCUGUUUUGGUUGCCAUAAAUCCCUUCAAGAAAGUUCCUCUGUAUGGUAAUGAUUAUAUUGAAGCCUACAAGCGUAAAAGAAUUGAAGGUCCUCAUGUGUAUGCCAUUACUGACACAGCCAUCAGAGAAAUGAUACGGGAUGAAGUAAAUCAAUCUAUAAUUAUAAGUGGCGAGAGUGGAGCAGGGAAGACUGAGACAGCAAAGAUAGCAAUGCAGUACUUAGCUGCCCUUGGUGGUGGAAGUGGAAUAGAGUAUGAGAUAUUGAAGACUAAUCCAAUACUAGAAGCCUUUGGUAAUGGAAAAACAUUGAGAAAUGACAACUCAAGUCGUUUUGGGAAGCUCAUUGAGAUUCACUUCAGUGAAACUGGAAAAAUAUGUGGUGCUAAUAUCCAAACAUUUCUUCUGGAAAAGUCUAGAGUUGUCCAAUGCAAUGAAGGUGAAAGGUCCUAUCAUAUAUUUUAUCAGCUAUGUGCUGGGGCGCCACCAUCUCUAAGGGAGAAGCUAAAUCUAAGAAGUGCUGAAGACUACAAAUAUCUUAGGCAGAGCAAUUGUUACUCAAUUGUUGGUGUUAAUGAUGCAGAAGAAUUUCGCAUAGUCAUGGAAGCACUGGAUGUUGUCCAUAUUAGCAAAGAAGACCAGGAGAGUGUAUUUGCAAUGCUUGCUGCGGUAUUAUGGUUAGGAAAUGUAUCGUUUACAGUGAUUGAUAAUGAAAAUCAUGUUCAAGCUGUUGAAGAUGAGGGGCUGUUCAGCGUUGCCAAGUUGAUUGGCUGUGACAUUGAAGAUCUCAAGUUUACAUUAACAACUCGCAAAAUGAAAGUUGGCAACGAUAAUAUUGUCCAAAAGUUGAAACUUUCUCAGGCUAUUGAUGCGAGAGAUGCUUUGGCAAAGUCAAUAUAUUCCUGUUUGUUUGAUUGGAUAGUUGAACAAAUAAACAAAUCUCUUGCUGUUGGUAAAAGACGCACAGGCAGAUCAAUAAGUAUUCUAGAUAUCUAUGGCUUUGAAUCAUUCAAUAGGAACAGUUUUGAGCAGUUCUGCAUAAAUUAUGCUAAUGAGAGAUUACAGCAACACUUCAAUCGUCAUUUGUUUAAGUUAGAACAAGAGGAAUAUAUACAAGAUGGGAUUGAUUGGGCUAAAGUUGAAUUUGAAGAUAACCAAGAUUGCCUUAAUCUUUUUGAAAAGAAACCAUUGGGCUUACUAUCCCUGUUGGACGAAGAGUCCACAUUCCCAAAUGGCACAGAUUUAACAUUUGCCAACAAGCUUAAGCAACAUUUGAAUUCUAAUUCUUGCUUCAAAGGAGAACGAGACAAGGCCUUUACCGUAUGUCAUUAUGCAGGGGAGGUAAUUUAUGAUACAACUGGAUUCCUGGAGAAGAACAGAGACUUGUUGCACUUGGAUUCCAUCCAACUUCUCUCCUCAAGUACAUGUCAUCUUCCUCAGAAAUUUGCGACCCAAAUGCUUACUCAGACUGAGAAGCCUGCAGUUGGUCCCUUACACAAGUCAGGUGGAGCAGAUUCCCAAAAGCUAAGUGUUGCCACAAAAUUCAAGGGACAACUAUUCCAACUGAUGCAACGAUUAGAGAGCACUACACCACAUUUUAUCCGCUGCAUUAAACCUAAUAACCUCCAAUCACCUGGAUUAUACGAGCAAGGCCUCGUACUGCAGCAGCUGAGAUGUUGUGGGGUCCUGGAAGUAGUUCGAAUAUCUAGAUCAGGCUUUCCCACUAGAAUGUCCCACCAAAAGUUUGCCAGAAGAUAUGGUUUUCUUCUCCUUGAAAAUGUUGCAUCUCAAGAUCCACUUAGUGUUUCUGUUGCAAUUCUUCAUCAGUUUAACAUUUUGCCAGAAAUGUAUCAAGUUGGUUACACAAAACUAUUUUUCAGAACAGGACAGGUUGGGGUGCUUGAAGAUACUAGAAAUCGUACGCUCCAUGGAAUUUUGCGUGUGCAAAGUUGCUUCAGGGGUUACCAAGCUCGUUUGUACCGCAAAAAUCUUUGGAGAUCAAUCACUACUCUUCAAUCAUUUAUUAGGGGAGAGAAAAGCAGAAAGGAAUAUGCAGCUUCAGUGCACAGACAUAGAGCUGCUGUGGUUAUACAAAAGAAGACAAAAACAAUAUUGGCGAGAAACAGAUUGAAGACUACCAUUGAUGCUGCAGUUGUCAUACAAUCAUUUAUCCGUGGUUGGUUAGUCAGAAGAUGCUCAGGGGAUCUAAGUUUACUGAAAUCUGGAGGCACAAAGACUAAUGAGUCAGAUGAGGUUCUGGUGAAGUCAUCUUUCCUAGCUGAAUUACAACGCCGGGUACUUAAAGCUGAAGCUGCCCUCAGAGAGAAAGAAGAGGAAAAUGACAUCCUACAACAACGUCUUCAACAGUAUGAUAACAGAUGGUCUGAAUAUGAAUUGAAGAUGAAAUCCAUGGAGGAAGUGUGGCAGAAACAAAUGAGAUCCCUACAAUCUAGCCUAUCCAUUGCAAAGAAGAGUCUUGCUAUGGAUGAUUCUGAAAGGAAUUCAGAUGCAUCUGUUAAUGCAAGUGAUGACAGGGAUUAUAGCUGGGAUAUGGGAGGUAAUCAUAGGCGCCAAGAAAGCACUGGAACAAGAUCAAUGAGUGCUGGUUUAAGUGUUAUAAGCCGGUUGGCCGAAGAAUUCGAGCAAAGGAGUCAAGUGUUUGGUGAUGAUGCAAAGUUCUUGGUUGAAGUAAAAUCUGGCCAAGUUGAAGCCAGUUUGAACCCAGACAAAGAACUUAGGAGAUUAAAGCAGAUGUUUGAAGCUUGGAAGAAGGACUAUGGAGCAAGACUGAGGGAAACAAAGGUCAUUUUGAAUAAGCUUGGAACUGAAGAUGGGUCAAUUGAGAAAGCCAAGAAGAAAUGGUGGGGAAGAAGGAAUAGCACAAGGAUGAGUUGAUUUAUUUUUCUUCUAAAUAUAUAUAAUAUAAUCUGAAAGUGAGGAAAAUACAAUAGGAAAGAUAAAAUAGGUGUAAUUGGGUUGGCUGUUGCUACUUGCUAGCCACCUUUCUUAUUUAUCAAAAAUUUCGGCAUACAUACAAGCUUGUGAGUUGUGAUUUGUGUAUAUCAUUCCCUCUCCUUUUUGGUAUGUCAAUUGCAUCUAUAUCGAAUUUUCUUUUGUUGUA